AUUUGAUACAGCAGGCUACUUACUGUAUGUGGGUCACUGUCCCUCUGACUAAAAUCAUUUUGUUUAUGUACAUGUGGAAAGAAGAGCUGUAAAGGCUCCUGACAUCUGGUUUGUUUUAGGAUCAGUCUUGCUGUGUAGACAGUAAUUUAUGCUUUCGGUCUCGCCUGUAACUACAUUGAAUACAAGCAUGCAUGUUUUUGUCAUACUUCUGUGGACGUGUGAACACGCAAUAUAGGCAUAUUAAAAUCCGCUAUGCAGGGAAAUGUAAAACUAUUCCGUAAACCUGAGUUGAUUUAUAGCCCAGGUGAGACUUGACUUGGGUCCAUAACCCGAGGGGAAUUUAUGUAUGGACCACUGUUUAUUUUACCACAAUAGGACAGCGUCGUCUCACUGUAAAUUCUCCACCCAGCCAGGUGUUCGUUCAAAUUAAUCUAAUCGAAAUUAUACACCUGUCGCAUAAAAGCGCUUAUUUCCUCAAAUUCAAAUACAACAUUCGGCUGCAGGAGGUAUGUGUUAAAACAAAGGGCACGCACAAUUAUUUUUCUUCCCCAAAGCGCAGUCAGACUCGCUGAGCAGUUGAAGGAGGGGAAAGCCGCACAAUCUUGACUAAACUAUUUGGAACUGGAAUAAAUGCUGCACUGAACAUUGACCAACACGAUUCCAAUCAAAAUAGAAAAUUAAGAAAUAGUGUAGCCUACUAUUACUAUAGCCUUACCAACCCAACUCAAUUUGUUGCCAGUGAUGUAUCCUGUGGUUUUCAAACUUUUGGGCCCGCAACCCCAAAAAAGCAGUGAUUAGAAAAUCAUGCGCGCACAAUCGCUGCGCAAAUGUAGCUUGUCAUUACAGCCAUAAACGGUGAUGCAUUUUCAAAACGCAAUAUAGGCUACAGAAAUAAACUGCGUUUUACACCUGCAUUUGGAGCUUAAAGUAAUUCACUUUAGCAGCCAAUUUCAACUAGGGAUAUGUCACUCAUCGAGUCCAGAGCAAGCAAAAUCAUAUGGCUUAAGUGUAGUGGCGGUUGCAGGAUCGGAUGGAAAUCAUGUUUUGUCUGCGCCGCACCAUCACUUAAGGGAAAUAUCGUAAUAAAUUCGCCAGAAUGUUACAUCUUCAUCCCAUACUAUUGAAGACAGUACGAUGUUAAAACUGCUUAUCUUUAGACAUAUCGCCAGUAGACACCCAAACGAGGCAUAUCUGGAAUAGGACAAUUCUCAAUCGCCAGGUAAUUUAUUGUUCUGGCAAAGAUGCGUCCGUAGUACAUUGCUAAACUGUAUUGUAUAUGGGUGAUAAACGUAGACCUACCUUGUUUUUGCAAGGCAAAACUGGAGGAACUGAAACAAGUACUUUCUGGUCACUAAUCUGGAUAUGAGCGACCAUUUUGCGCGCCAAUUGAUGACUGCUCGGGUCAACAACCAACUUUUUGGUUCUGAAGCAUAGAUGAGAAUUUAAGGACGACUUGCGUGCAGUGGGUUCAGGACAACUACAAAAAUAUAUAAUUUGGGGGGAAAUUUGUUAACGGCUUGGUCGGGGACAGUUCCUCUGAUUUCAACACACUGCACACAGGCUUGUAUAUAAUGCUCAGUUGCAUACCACACAUUUAUUUAUAUAUUAGUGUUAUUUUCUACACAUUAUUGGCUUCAUGCUAUUGUAGGCCUAGAUUGCUUGGGUCCACUUUUAGAAAUUCUAGUUUUGCGCUGAUGAAAAGGCUGUAAGGUUUUUUCCUAACAUGGCAAUAUUUUCCCCAGGGAUACCCUGCUAUUUCUACUCAGCAGGUAAUGUUUCCUCCCAGACUUACUGUGAGUUUCCAUUUGAAGUCAGGACUUUUUAUGACUUUGCUGCUUACGUCCAGGACUUUUUAUUCUUAAUUGGCGCCAGAGGCUCUGUAUUAAAAUAGUGUUUUAAAGGAAGGAGGAGACAAUAUUAUUGUUUCAAUGGUUUUGUGAUUCUAUUGGACAGGCACUCACACGUCAGACUGAUUGACAUGGAGACCUAUAUUUAUCACAACUACCCUCACCGGUACAGGAAAGACAGCAGCCCAUGCACAGGUGGUCAAGAUGAUUUCUCCAUUGUGGCUGGUGGGGGCAAUAUGCUGUCUGACGUUGCUACCAGUUUGGCUGGAAGCAAAGUCUCUGCUGAAUACUAUCAAGCAGGAAGAGAUGAGCCCUGUUAGUGAUGUGAGUAUUGAUUCGGACAAGGCUCAUGGCUUCCUGACUCACUCACGACCAAAGCGCAAUGUGGAACCCAGGUGGUACAGAGGCAACCCCGACUUCCAGGCUUACUACCGCUACUACAAUAGCAUUGGACACACAGAGGGGCUGUAUGAGAUUGACCGGAUCAGGCUGCUGUACCAGCAGAUGAGGCAGCUGGAGCAUGUAUAUGGCCCCAACGCCUCACACUUCCAGAACAAAUUGGGAGUGCCCACCGUCAAGAAGUGCGACCCGGCCACGGACAAAAAAUGCAAAGCCCUACCCCCUCCCCCAAUAAAAAGCACCUCUCAACCCCCUCCUGCUCCUGCCAUCUCCCAGGCUGACGUCAUGUACCUGUGCAAUGCCAAGGACCCCCUCUGCAAGCCCCAUAUUGUCUACCUCCCCACCGGGGCAUUGCCCGUACUGUGCGACCCCCGCUACCACCCCUCCUGCAACCUCCACAAGCUCCCUCCUCCACCACCAAUGCUUAAAAAAUCUGCCCCACAACUACCACCCCCCGCCCCAAAAAAGUCAUCUCCCCCUCCGGCCCCCAUCCACACCUACAAGGGCAUGGAGUAUGACUGCAAUCCCUACUGGGACCCAGACUGCCUGAUAGACCACCCACCUAGACCCUUCCAUGGCAAGGCUGGCCCACCCCCUCCUCCCGUUGAGGAGGAACCAGUUGAGGACGCACCACCCCCUGCAGCCAGCAACAAGAAAGUGGCCCAUCCCUAUCCCUACUAUGGCUACCACUAUAACUAUGGGCAUGAACUCUAUGAUCCAGUCCGCUUCCAGUACCCCUCCCCACCUUCUGAUUCCCCUGAUGAUAGUGGUAGUGACUAGCUCAUCAAAGCUCUAAAGGCAGUAUCUUUACUUACGCCUCAAGUGUUUUGUCAAUAAUGAAAGAAGAGUUGUUUUCCCCUCCAGAUGUAGAUUUAGAAGGACGAAGCAGCAGAGACCAUAAUUAUAGGUCUUCGAGCUAUUAAGCAUGUAACCGUCUUAUCAAUGUGCUGGUGAUGCUGUUAUGGGCAGGAGAGCAAACCUAUUUGUACAGCAAUGACCUGCAGGAGAGUGAUGCUAUAUUACAAUGAUUGGAAAUAUUACAACGAUAAGACUGAUUGAUUUAUUACUGUCCAAUGUUCCGUUGUCUAUUCAGCAUCCAAAAUCAUUAUUCAGUUACACAAUUUUCAUAGCAAAAAAAGAUAAAGUAAAUAUUGACUCAAAUUAUGAAAAAUAAACUUUUUAAAAACUCUG